AUGUCGGAGGCGAGGGGCAGAAGGAUUCACCCGGAGCACGAGCUUGUGCUGAUGAUGCAGCAUGACCCUUUCUUCUGCAGUGCGUGUAGACAGAUCGGGUUCGGAUCGGCUUAUGGUUGCAAGUUGUGCCUCGUCCUUGUCCACAGAAAGUGUAUGUACCCGCCUCCGAAGGCACGGCACCCUCUUCAGGACAACUGCAGGCUCGAGUAUAAUCCUCAAACCUCAGAAACCAGUGAUGCUUGCACUUUCUACGGGGCAUGCUCAUUGCCUCUUCACGGUGGCACGUACGGCUCCAACGCGGCUGCUUUCCACCCGCCUUGCCUCUGA